AUGAGGAUUUGUUGUUUGAUUAAACUGGGUUUAGUUAGGCGACUGCUUCGAUCUCUGUGGCCCUCCAGUACGGCCUUGGGACCAUGUUUGCAGAGGAAAGCAGUGGUACUCUGUUCAAUUCUCGAUUAUAGCAAGGGACCACACAGAAUCUCCGGCACCGCCACCCCACGGGGCGCUAUGGUCACUGGGCAACCGGAGUAUCACCCUUCACUACUUUGGAGUCAGGAUGAGAGGAAAAUUUUCAUCAACGUGAAGCUAACUGAAGUUAAGGACCCGCGAAUGCAAAUCGGCAAUGCCUCAAUCCACUUCAACGCCACUGGAAUGGGUGCAAAUGGACUACAGGAAUAUGGUUUCUCUCUGGACCUCUUCGAACCGAUCGAUGAUGAGGUGACCUCCGACUUUACGGUGACGGAGACGGGUGUGAACAUAGUGCUGGUUAAGCGGGAGGCGGGCGUGUGGCCUCGACUUACACAGGCCGCCAACCAGCGUCCACCCUGGUUGCGCACCGACUUCGAUCGGCUCUCUUCGGCCGUCGUGAAGGCUAUGCUCGUUGCGGGUGGCGAUGCUGAUGAAAGCGACAGCAGCGAGGAGGAUUCACAACCUCGAACCAACGUUAAGUGCAUUCGACCGUCAGCUGAGGAGAUUCGAAAGCGGAAUGUGGAGCGUGCGGAAGAAAUAGCGAGGCAACAGUAUGAUGAAUUUUUUAACUACAUAAAGAACCCUUUGGUUAUCUACUUGCUCUUAUUCAACAUCUUCCAGUGGGCUGGAUUCAUUUACAUUUUCGGUGUGAUUGUUCGGGGCUGGUGGACAGAAGGCGAUGCUAUGAAAAAGCGUGUUUUUGACAUGGUCGCGGAUCGCUUAAUGGUGCUGCAACUAGCCUCGUUCUUAGAAAUUGCCCACGUUCUUCUGGGGUGGGUCAAGGGCGGUGUCCUCCCAACCAUCGGACAGGUUUUUGGGCGUAAUUUGGUACUAUUUGCAAUACUUCUGCCACACAAGGAACUGCAAGAGGACACCGUUGUGUUCAAUCUUUUCUUAGCCUGGAGUAUGAUCGAGCUUGUUAGGUAUCCCUACUACGCCCUUCGCUUAUUCGAUGAGGAGAUUGGCUUAGUCACCUACUUGAGAUACACCCUUUGGAUUCCACUCUAUCCUAUCGGUUUCAUGAGUGAAGGCAAGCUCAUCAUCCUGGCAAUGCCGCUCCUGGAGGAGUCUCGGCGCUUCUGUAUUGAAAUGCCUAACCCUGCCAACAUAUCUUUUGACUUUCCCACAUUCCUGCACAUUUACAUUCUCCUGAUGCUGCCUGGCUUUUUCAACCAAAUGCGGUACAUGUACUUCCAGCGGCGGAAGAAGCUGACGUUGAGGUUUGGUGGCAGAGCGGGUGGUAGAUGA